GUGACUCUGGGAUUUGUAGUUUCUUGUGCGCCUCACUACGUCAGCGGAAGUGUUUGGAGCGUACGCGAGGUCACAUUGGUCCGGUUUUGUAAUGUUUUGAGAAACGGCAACGCAAUGGAAGCAGUCAACACAGAAGAGAUCCACCUGAGGCAUGUGGAGAAGGAUGUCCUUAUCCCCAAAAUGAUGAGGGAGAAAGCCAAGGAGCGCUGUGCUGAGAAGGUUGACGCCUUCAACCACUGCUGUAAGGACUCCGGUUUCCUCAUGGCGUUCAAGUGUCGAGAGCAGAAUGCGGCCCUGAAGGAAUGUCUGACAAUACACUACAGGGACCCGGUGUUCUACGAGCAGUGUAAGCAGGAGUACAUCCAAGAGAAGCUGGAGUUUCAGAGGACGGGGAUCGCCACCAAGAACAGGAAACAAAAACUACCAGCUAGCAUGUAAAGAACCGCCUGGCACCUAACCGCCCUCCUUUCGGACUUCUGACCAGGGCGCCCGAGUCCUACACACCCAGGAUACGAGGUCAUCGGGCGGGGCUCAUUACGCCUGCACUUUGUUUAAAUCUGUGGGGUGUGAAUUAGUUUUCUGAGCAAGAGUGGUAUGUAAUCAAAAUAAGGCCUUUUUUUCCCCCUCACAUAAAUUAAGGGAUGCUCAAUAUCUGCAGAACGCUUUGUGGUGUGUUUAUACUGAACAUUCGGUGAUGGCACACGUUGUGACGAAGAGUCUGGUUUGCUUGCCUUUUGCGUUUUCCCUAUAGUUUGCUAAACCAUCUGCAGGAAAAAGCGUGAAAAUCUUAGAAAGCCGUGGAAAUGAAAGAUGCUCGUUUUUUGUGUGUUUGAGACAUCUCAAAGAACCUUGUGGGAUCAUGUGACUUACGCAGUGAAUUGUUAAUAAAAGUAUUCUCUGGCAGUAAAGUGUAUAUCAGUGUGGUAAAUCAGACAAAAGAUCAAAUACAUGAUGAACACAACGGCCAUAUAUUUCAGAGGUUUGGACAUUUAUGCGUAGUUAAAGGGCGGUGAAUAUUUCUCUGCAUAGAUUCCACCACCAUUGGUUAGACUUUGAUUUUAAGAUUAAAUUAUUAAUAAAAAUUAUUAUGCAGCACUUGAAUUGUUCUGUUGCAUUAACAAAAUAUUACGUGUAAAAUGAAAGUUAUUGCUGGUGUCCACUGUAAUGUAGUUCGAUAUGCCAGAGUCUUCAGUUUAAUUCAAAUUAACUACAAAUCCUCAUCCGCUAAAAUUUGAAAAGAUAAAGCAAACUCACACAAAUGAAUUUUCCUUUGUUUAAUUGAUCAUAUUUACAAACGGUCUGAAGUGCAGUAAAUCUAAAAUAUAAUCCA